AUGCGCAUUCGCUAUCCAUUCGCAGGUGCUUUCUUUCUCCUGCUCAUGAUAGCUGGAUACCUCGGCCUAUUACCUCAAAGUAGCUCCUCAACAAUAGCUACCCAGCUCCAAACUCACGACAAGUUUCUACAUCUAAUCACCUUCUUCCUGCUCUCGCUCGCGUUCUACUGGAUCAUCGACACCUCGCGCCGGCGCACAGUGAAUCUGACCCUUGUCGUCUGCACGCUCGGCUUAGGCGUCGGGUCGGAGUUUCUACAAGGUCUCCUCCCCAAUGAUCGGGUCUUCGAUCUAUUCGACCUGAUCGCCAAUGUGGUCGGCAGUCUUGGUGCCAUUGGUCUGAGUGGCUGGUACCAUAAACGGAUGCUCGAGCGGCGUCGCAAGAGCCGCUUCGGCCUGAUGGAGGGUGCCACGGACGACGUCGAACUUGGCGUUGGGGUCGGCGGCGAAGGUGCUCGUGACCGCGAAGGGCUGGGCCCGCAGGAGUCUGGCGUCAUGACGCUGGAACAGGAGGUUGAUAACUGGGACGAGAACGCAGUGGACAACUGGGACAGCGAGGAUGGCCCGGCCCCGCCAGAGUCACACUCGGCUACGCCAGCUCACAAGGAGGAGCGCAAGAAUAGCACGCCUGGCGAGGUAUCCGCGGAGACUGGGGCUGGAAAGCGAGCUGACUAG